CCAACAUGGAGCUGUCAACAGGUGUAAAGAUUACCGUUCUGCUGCUGUGUGCCGCCCACGCCAGCGCGGCUCUCGGCAAGCUGCCAUGGUGGCUCAGACACGACCAACGGGGAGUCUGCACAGCGGCUAGCGAGAUUAUCUGCAGUGACGACUGUUCACAGGUGCUGGUGUGCUUGGGCGACGGUUCAGGCGGCUUCUACGCCACGGUGGUGGCAGUGUGCGACUCCAGCGCGGACCAGAAGUGCAGCGCAGAGCAGGCUGCCUGCGUCGCGUCAGCGGACUCUGAGUGCCACUCUUCCCUGCCCGGCGAGGAGUUCACGUGCCACGGCAUCGGGACCUUCCCUGACCCGUACGACUGCCAGGCGUACCACAUCUGCACCGAGGUCAACGCAGGUUCUCAACCCCAAACAUGCUCCGGCACUUCAGCGUACAACCCUCUGCAAGCAGACUGCAGCCUGACGACAUCCGACCGAGUCUGCACAGAAGGCCCCAUCACGCCUUGUACGCAGCUGGGACAGGUGGGCAUUGUCCCAGAGAACCCAGCCAUCUACUACAUCUGCAUACAGAAGGGAGAUGGCAUGUCUCCGGAAAUGUACAGGUGUCCUGGUAGUCAGACCUUCAACGUUACCACUGCUGCGUGUGUUGACUCCUCUCUGAAGUACAUGCUACCGUAAACGGUAGUGCAGCCAUCGGCAAGCAACCACGACCCCGAUUCCAAGCACUCGGCACGCUGACGUGUUGAAGUACGCCGAUCGUGUGGAUUCGCACCGUCUGCAGUGUUCAUUUGUCUCACAUCCCAUAUGCACUGGGAGUAUGACUUCAGUCACAUGAAGCACUUUUGUCUGGAUGAGAGUCGUAUUUAUUACAUUUUUGGUACCUUUCAAUAGCUGGAGUUACUAAUUUCGUGAGAGUGUAAUAUUUAAUGUCUAGAUUAUACAGGUGUUUAAUUAAUUUUGUGGUUGCCUUGGCUGUUUGUAUCAAUGUUGCCAUAAAAUUUAAGAAAUCAACUCUA